UGCCUUUCUUUCAUGUAGAUCCUAGGAAAAGUCAGUCCCACCUGGUAUUCAUCCUUUUCCUCCUCUUACUCAGUGCCAGCAACCAAACUGUUCAUUGAUGGAAAGUUUGUUGAAUCCACAACUACCGAAUGGAUUGAUAUCCACAACCCAGCCACAAAUGAAGUGGUUGGUCGUGUCCCAAAGGCCACAGAGAGAGAGAUGGAGGCAGCUGCGAAUUCAUGCAAAAAAGCUUUUCGGAACUGGUCAGAGACAUCUGUUCUGAGCCGCCAGCAAAUCUUUCUGCGUUACCAGCAGCUCAUCAAGGACAACCUGAAAGAAGUUGCCAAACUUAUCACUUUGGAGCAAGGAAAGACCCUGGCUGAUGCUGAGGGAGAUGUAUUCCGAGGCCUCCAGGUGGUUGAGCAUGCCUGUAGCGUGACAUCCCUCCUGCUGGGAGAGACCCUGCCCUCCGUCACUAAGGACAUGGACACUUACACCUAUCGCCUGCCUCUGGGAGUGUGUGCAGGGAUUGCACCAUUCAAUUUUCCAGGCAUGAUUCCUCUCUGGAUGUUCCCCAUGGCCAUGGUUUGUGGAAACACCUUCUUGAUGAAGCCAUCAGAGCGUGUGCCAGGAGCACUCAUGUUUCUUGCUAAGCUGUUACAGGACGCUGGUGCCCCUGAUGGGACUCUGAACAUCAUCCAUGGGCAACAUGAAGCUGUGAAUUUUAUUUGUGACCAUCCGGAUAUCAAGGCAAUCAGCUUCGUGGGGUCCAAUCAGGCUGGAGAAUACAUCUAUGAAAGAGGAUCCCAGAAUGGCAAGAGAGUCCAAUCCAACAUGGGAGCCAAGAACCAUGGUGUGGUAAUGCCGGAUGCCAAUAAGGAGAACACCUUGAACCAGCUUGUUGGUGCUGCUUUUGGAGCAGCUGGCCAACGCUGCAUGGCCUUGUCUACAGCCAUAUUAGUAGGCGAGGCAAAGAAAUGGCUGCCAGAGCUGGUGGAGAGAGCCAAGAGCCUGCGAGUUAAUGCAGGAGACCAACCAGGAGCAGAUCUGGGGCCCUUGAUCAGCCCUCAGGCUAAGGAGCGGGUCUGUCACCUGAUCGAGAGCGGAGUGAAGGAAGGAGCUGCUCUCCUUCUGGAUGGACGAAACAUCAAAGUGAAGGGCUAUGAGAGAGGAAACUUUGUUGGACCAACAAUCCUUGCUAAAGUCCAGCCAAGCAUGACCUGCUACAAGGAGGAAAUCUUUGGGCCAGUUCUGGUGGUUCUGGAAGCAGACACUCUCGAUGAAGCAAUUGAGAUAGUUAACAGGAAUCCCUAUGGAAAUGGAACCGCAAUCUUCACCACCAAUGGUGCUACCGCUCGGAAAUACUCCCACUUGGUAGAUGUGGGGCAGGUGGGUGUAAAUGUUCCAAUCCCAGUGCCUCUGCCCAUGUUCUCCUUCACUGGCUCACGUGCAUCUUUUAGAGGCGAUACCAAUUUCUAUGGCAAACAGGGGGUUCAGUUCUAUACACAGCUGAAGACCAUUAUAUCUCAGUGGAAAGAGGAAGAUGCUACAGUUACCAAGCCUGCUGUAGUUAUGCCAACCAUGGGAAACUAACCAGCUUUUACAGGGUACCAUCCAUGAUGCUCUUCACCUUUUGUGCUACAGACUUUUCCCAGCUAUGUCCUGACUGCUUUUGUUCCCUAUUUCUUUGGGAAUAGAAAGUCCCAGUCUUCCCAAGACCUCUUUCCAAAUCAGGGAGGCUUUUUAUGUAAUGCACAAUUUAACUUUUCUGUUGUUCUCAGCUAAUUGAGCUCACUUUUCUCCCCAGAGGAAACCCUCUUUAGUGGCAGGUCAAAUGUCAAGCCUGGGUAUAAGGUCUCUUCUCCCCAUCCCUUCAAACUGCACUUGUACAGGCUCCAUUUUCUAUUAGAUAGUACCACUGACUCAGUGCUGCAGCUUUCUCCACUUCCUUCUCUGGCCCAAGAUUCCAAUUCUACUUCACUUGGAGGAAAUCUCACUGGUGCCAGCGAAGUGGCUUUUCUGUUAUGGAGAAGGUAACAAGUUUGGGACUCUCUGAAGUUCUGAAGAGUUUAACCUCAGACCCACUGAAUAGUUUUGAAGGACUUGACACUCGGGAACUGGCUGCUUUAAGAGUUUUAGAAGGAGAUCUAGUGGGGGGGCUUGACUGAAGAUCAAGGAGAUUGCUAUGAGCGUGAGUCCCAUCUAUCUGAUUGGAAACGCUCUGAUCCCCAUCAUCUAUGUAUCCUGACAACUCCUGUUAGUUCUCAACUCUUAUCUGAAACAACUUUCAGGAUGAUGCUUAUUAUGAUAGCAGCAGUGUGCCUAUAUGCUGUGUGAAUCUGGAAGCAGAAGCACAACCCUGUGUAUAUAACCACUCCAGGCUCAUGUUACUCAAGCCAUGUUAGGGGGGAAUUGGUAAGAAGAAGGCGUUUCCUUCCAUAGAAAGCAACCAAUCCCAAUCUUUUAGUUACUCCUCCUGAUUUUAUGUUGCUACUACCCACAUUGAUUCACUGUAUACCUGCUCAAGUAUGUGUGCACAUCUUCUAGUGACUGCAGGCCCCAAUACUAGUGACAGGCCAGGAGAUUGUCAGCCUGUGUGAUAAAGAUCUGUUUCUUUGCAACUGGAGGUCUGAAAUUCUAUCCCUAGCACUGAUGGGAGGAUUGGAGGUUGAGCUGGUAACUCAUGAUGCAGCCAUGGAGUAGUUAAGGAAAAGUCCUGGGAUGGAGUAAGAUUAAGGGUGACAUUAUCUUGGCUUUACGUGGACUCUUCUAUAAGGGGCAGGGAUCUACAGUCCCUCUAAGCUGUGCAAUUUCCCCUUAAACUCCACGCAGGGAUUCAGGACAUCUCCCUGCCCCGAGAGCUACCUAGGGUGCCCCGUGGUGCUCCAGCAAUGAUUUAAAGGGCCUAGGGCUCCAGCCACCACCACUCCUGAACUAGCUGUGGCUGGGCGCUCCAGGCCUUUUUGAAUCACCAGACUGAGGGGCAACUGUCCCCUUUGCCCUCCUCUUCCCACCCCCUCGUCAGCAGGCCUAUCCCAAUCCCUUGGCUCCAUUCCCACCACACGCUGCCCAUGUGCACAAUGACUUUUGUUAUAUGAUAUAUCACUUCCACCUUGGUGCACAUAAGUCAUUCUGCAUAUGGAUGCAAAAAAUUAGAAGGUACACUGGGAGAGACUUGUAAAAAGUUGCUUCUCGCACCUGAGGAAAAUCAUGCUCUUAAGCUGAUUCUAAUCAUGAUUCAUUGGUCUAAUUGAAUGAACUGAAUGUGAACACUUUGUAUUCUGCCUGCUGAUAGAGGCCUUUUGUAACUGACAGCUGCCUGACUUUAAUACAACUGCUGGUGUGCCAUUAAUAUUUGUGUAUUUUCUCUCAGGUUCCAGUAUAGCUUAGGAAAAUUCUCAUUUCUGCAAUUGAUUAUGAAUAAAAAUUGCUAAUGCAUUUCUUUAA